UAGAAAAUAUUGAAAGUAAACACUUCUUGCUGAAAAUAUAAAAAACUGUACUGUUUAAAAAAAAAGGGGGUAUUGUACUUACAUUUACCUAGUGGCAUGUUUUUGCACGGGUAAAGGGAACUGGUAUAGCCUACAUGGAGGAAACCCACACAGAUGUGGGAUGAACAAACAAAAUUGGGACAUGUUGACUUCACUGGCAGUUAACACAUUAGGUCAACAUCUUUUACCAGUGUUUUUAUUCACUUUAGGGUUCCAUCUCCACGGUCCCUCUGAUCCUCUCAUUGCCCAGCUGGGAGGCUCAGUGAUGCUGCCCUGCUUUGUAGAAACUCCUCUACCAAUAGAAGAACUGGAAGUGGAGUGGAAAAGAAAUGACUCUGAAACUCUAGUGCACUUGUGGCAGGAGGGAGAGAGUCGACCAGAGUCUCAGAACCAGCGUUAUCAUGAAAGAGCUCAUUUCUUCACUGAGGAGAUCGCCCAUGGAAACUUCUCUCUCUUCCUUACAAACGUGACCCGUGAAGAUGCAGGAGUUUAUAAGUGUGCUGUUUACACAAACCUGGACUCUGAUGAAACUCUGAUUGAAAUAAAGGAGAUUGAGCGCUUGAUCGUGUCUGGAGGCCACGUCAUAUCUGCUUAUGUCGGUGAAGAUGUCACUCUGAAUUGCUCUGUAGACUCAAAUAUCCCACCGGAAAAUAUAGAAGAUGUGUCAUGGAAGAAAAUGGAUGAAGAUAUCUUAGUGCUGCUUUAUCAGGAGAAUGAGGUCCAGACAGACUCGUCCCAUGAGAGAUACAGAGACAGAGUCGAGUUCUUCAGUGCUGAAGAAAGGAGCAAAGGAAACUUCUCAUUGAGACUGAAGAGUGUUCGAACUGAGGACAAAGGGCUGUAUAUAUGUUUAGCAUUCUCUGGGGCAUUAUCAGCUAACACAACUGUGGAAGUGCAGCAGCUGGGUAAGUUUUUUAUGCACAAAACAUGUAAAAAUGUAGCAGAGCUGAGUGCUUUAAUAAGUCAGAAGUGGAUUAUCAAUGCUAAAAUGUGGGGUGCACUGCCCUUAUGAGAGCAAAAUUGGCCAUGCUCAUUGGGUGGGAGGGGCAUAUUCUCUCUCCCCUGUCAAUCACAGUGACACUAGCCAACCGUAGGAAUCUGUGAGGUCAUGCUUUCCUUUAAGCGUAUUAUUCUUGCAUGAUAUCAGUCCCUUCAAAU